AUGCUGUCGUACCAGAGCAUGAGCGCGAAACAGCGGGAGUUGUACGACAAAGUCAAGAAUGCCAGUCAAUGGUUCGGACUGCCAUACAAUCAAAUUGACGAUGCCGGCGCACAGGCGAUUGCUGAGGGACUCAAAAGCAAUUCGAAGGUGACGGGACUCUCUCUGUGGAGCAACCAAAUUGGUGAUGCUGGAGCGCGGGCGAUUGCUGAGACACUCAAAGUCAAUAUGACGAUAACUGAACUCGAUCUGAACUACAAUCAGAUUGGUGAUGCUGGGGCACAAGCGAUUGCUGAGACACUCAAAGUGAACACGACGUUGAUCAAGAUCGAUCUGCAUGGGAAUCAGAUUGGCGAUGCUGGAGCACAGGCGAUUGCUGAAGCGCUCAAAGUCAACACAACAGUCACUAACCUCGGUUUGUACAAUAAUAAGCUUGGCGAUGCUGGAGCGACGGCGAUGGCUGAGAUGCUCAAAGUGAACAAGAUGCUGACAUCGCUCGUUUUGGGCAACAAUCAGAUUGGCGACGCUGGAGCGAACGCAAUUGCCGAGUCACUCAAAGUGAACACGUCCUUGCGAACGCUCGAUUUGCGCACGAUUGGCAACGCUGGAGCGCAGGGAAUGACUGAAGUACUCCAAAUGAACACGACGCUGACUGACCUCAGUCUGCGUCAAAUUGGCGACGCAGAAGCGCAGGCCAUUGCUGAGGCACUCAAAGUGAACAAGACCUUGACUUAUCUCAGUCUGGACUUGGGGUAUAUUGGCGAGGCUGGAGCAAAUGCGAUCGCUGAGUUACUCCAAGUGAACUCGACAUUGUCGCGUCUCAACCUCAACCAGAAUCAGAUUGGUGAUGCUGGAGCGCAUGCAAUCGCUGAAGCACUCACGGUCAACACGAGGCUGACACAUCUUGGUCUGAGUGAGAAUGAGAUUGGCAAUGCGGGAGCGCAGGCGAUUGCUGAGGCACUCAAGGUGAACUCGACGCUGAUUGUGCUCUUUUGGGACGACAAUCUGAUUGGCGAUGCUGGAGCCCAGGCGAUUGCCGAAGCGUUCAAGGUGAACUCGACGCUCGGGGAUAUUUUUCUAACGCGAAAUUGCAUUAGCAAUAUUGGUUCUCAAGCAAUUAAGCAAUGCAACGGCCAAAAGGGUUUUAGCAUUUACGACCAGGUUAACCCUCGUGCAUUCUCCUUACUUCCACGCGUAGCAACCGCUGACGACCUUCAGACCGUGUUUUGCUUGCUGACCAGCGGACCGGAGCUGAAAGAUCAGUCCACAUUUCUGCCAGCAUUACCAGCUGAGAUUGCCGACAUCAUUAUGGACGAAGCGCAACACUGGCAAGGCGUACAGCAUACCAAACGAGACCCGUACGAUGACCGUCCUGUCAAGGUCACAGUGCCUCCAAGCAUCAAUGGAAACUCGACCCGUGUGAAAGCAAUUCAAGUGGUUCGGGACACGGGAAAACUUUACCACCGCAUCGGUGACAACGUCUUUGACUUGAUUGUUCGAGAUGAGCAAGGUGCUGUUCAGUACAACUGUGCUGUUAAAGCGACUUUUGUCGAUUCUACGCUCGUAUCCGCGACGCUCUGGCCAGCGAGCACUCCAAUCAUCAGGCAGAUCCGUGACCCGCAGGGUCUGUGUUAA